AAUGUGCACCGUAGCAAUGGAGCUUAGCUCUACUGCUGAGUGCUGAUUUUAGGGUUGAGGAGCUAAAAUAUAGCAAUAUAGCUAUAUAGUACCACUGCUAUGAGUGCUCUUGUUAGUUUAUAUAAACCUUUCCCUCCGUCUCUGCAUUCAUGAUUUCAUUCAGUUGUUUCAUUACUAUUCCUAGGCUAAGAGAGAUCUCUCGGCAGUCAGGUUUGUGAGAGAAAAACAAAACAAAAAGAGAAGAGAAGCUAUGGAGGAAGGACUGCUCUCUGCUUCUGAUAAGCAGAGCAUGGUCUCGUUUUUUCUAGAGAUAGCCGUUGGCCAGACCGCCGAUACCGCUAUUCAGUUCUUGUAGUAAUUUGGAGAGGGACACAAGAAAUGAAAAUGUUGGAGAUGAAGUGCGCCCUCCUUUACCUGUUAUAAGGGAAGCUCUUUAUGAUGAUGCAAUGUUGUAUCAACUUAUCUACAAAUGCAGGCGAAAAAUGCUGCUGCUUCUUAUGACAAAUGGCUCCUCGUGAACUUGCAAUUGACCAAAGAGUUCACCUCUCAUAUGCUUAAUCAGGAUACAUGGUCAAAUGAAGCUGUUUCUCAAAUUAUUAUGUCCAAUUUUUUCUUCUGGCAGGUGUAUGAUGAUACAACUGAAGGUAGAAAGGUUUGCAUGUAUAAGCUGGAUUAUUUUCCUGUAGUGCUUGUCAUUGACCCCAUAACUGGUCAGAAAAUGCGUUCCUGGUGUGGAAUGGUUCAACCUGAUCAAUUGCUGGAGGAUCUGUUAUCAUUCAUGGAUGGUGGCCCCAAAGAUCAUCACAUAAUUCUCUCUAAUAAACGCCCAAGAGAAAGUUCUUUUGACUCCUCAUCAAAGCAGUAAAGAUGAAACAAAUGAGGAGGACAAGGAAAUGUUACAUGCAUUGGCAGCUUCUAUGGAAGGCAUGAAAGAUUUAAGAGGGAGGACUGCUAAAGACAAAAAUGUAACUGUUACUGAAAAGAAAAAAACAUGCACCACUAAUAAGCUGGCAUAUCCACCUCUGCCUGAAGAACCCAAGGGCGAUAGGAACCUCCUUUGUAGGGUUAGAUUCCAUCUUCCAGAUGGACGCAAAGUCCAGAGAAAUUUCUUCCGAUCUGAUUUGCACGUGGAGGGUAGAGAUGAUAAGGGAGGAUGGUAUAGAGAUGAUAAGGGAGGAUGGUAUAAAACGGGAUGGAGACCUUAAGAAAAGGGAUCGGAAAUUUGUAAGAGAAAACACUGUAACAGUUUGAACCAUUUGUGUAACUUUUUUUCAAUCAAUAUAUAUUAGAACAGAC